ACAGUAUACAUGGUGUAAUAUUGUAUAAAUUAAAUCAUAGUAAUACGUUAUGGUCCACACCGCCAUAAUGACUACUAGCCUAUAUUUAGUGUAUUCAUUUUGCAGCCAGUAAUUUAUUUAUUUUGUAUUUUUGAUUACUUUUAUUGCAGCCCGGUUAAAAUUAUUAUAAUAUUAUUAUUAUUAUUACAAAUACUACUACUAGCUAUUAGUAAAACAUCAAUAAAUUAACCUCGGAAGAUAUUUAAUCAUAUUAAUAUGCAGCUGUCAUAAACUGAUGAAAUAGCACUUACCAUAUUGAUGUUUAGAUAUUCUCCUAGUAGAGAUUUGCCUAGAAGAGUUACAUUUUGUCGCUCUUAAAUUUUGUCUAAAAUAUGACAACCCAUCAAAAAACAUUAAUCCGAUAUAUUGACUGAUCCCGCUAUUAGGUAGGCUACGUUAGGAUAUAAAGAAAUAUUGUAUGCAUUUAAUCAGUCGUUAAGCAGAUUAGCCUGUUUUAUAGCUGCUAAAUGCCUUUUCUCUCUGUCGGGCUGGAAGUAAAUUUUACUGUUCUGUCAAUCUCGUGUUUUGCGCACCUCUUUCUAAACCACUGUUUUUGGCCUCACACGUUCCGUCAUGUGGCCUGAAUUAAGGUCAUGGAGCAUACCAUAACCAUUCGGUUAAAACUUGUCCUUUUCCCACCACUGAUUCUUUAAACAUGAUAUAAACAUAAAUUGUGCUUUACAUUAAUGUAGCUGCAAGCAUUUAAGAAAGCAGAACAGUUAUAUUUGUAUUGUUCAACAGAUCGUUUGCUUAAAUGAUCACUGUAAGAAAUUCUGUAAAGAAAAAUACAAAAAUAAAUAAACCAUAUCAAUUAAAUUAAUAGUCAAAAGUACUUAAAUUUUGUAAAGAUGCCUCAUGGUAUUAUUUUUAUUCAUAAUCAUUUUGCAUACCCUACAAAGUUACAUGCUAAAAAAAAAAAAAAAAAUGAGCAGCUUUCUGUCCACAACACAAGAGACUCGCUGCACAGCCCCCAUACAUUCAAAGGGAUAAUUGCCUCAGAGCUGGAAGUCCUCAGUUGGUUUUGUGACUUUUAUGGCACCAAGGCGCGUUUGACGCAUUCUUUAGUAAGAUGCCCCUUCCCCCUUCCUUACUCAGGUUCUUUUUACCAUUGAAAUUAUCAAUACAUUACAAAUGGGGAAAGGAAAAGAACAGACGUUUCCCCUUCAGCGCAAUAAAAGCCCGAGGAAAUCGGGGAGAGAAACAAACGUUAUAGGGAAAUAUCUACUGAAUAACACAAAGAAUAGUGUAGUCCUUUAACUUGUUGACUGACGACAAUGACGCGAAUAUUUCUAAUAAUAAAAUAUUAUAUGUGCAUCAGCAGAUUUAUUCACAGUUUUUUAAUGAAAUUGUGAAAUUCGUAUUGAAAAAGGGAGGGUUAACUAUGUCUGUAUAGAUAAGGCAUAAACAGCCUUGUAGCAAUUAGCCCUUGGUUAUUAUUAUUUUUUUUUUAAACAAUGGGUUCUAUUUAGAGGUUAACAUUUGAGUUAUAUGAUCCACCGAGUAGUUGGAGUAAUGAAGUAAUAAAGUUGUUGAGUCGAGAAGAAAUAGGCUACAUAUAGCCUAGUAAUAUUAUAAAAUAUAAAUAUAUACAGGCUUGGUGUAAGUCAGGGACAACAAUCAAAGUGAUCUUACAGGUAAUUAAUUAAGAAGAAAUUUAGCUCGUUGUAAAACGCUAGUGUAGAUUUAUCUUCACAAUAGCACGUGCACGGAGAAGCUUUGUACCGGCGCAUAGAACAGAUUAACUCGGUGAUUAAUGCACAAAAAGACAUAAUUGAUCGUUUGUGUGAGUGCCUAUUCUGUAUUUUUGUGUGUGUUUACUUUAACAUUAUCAACUGAAGCCACAAGGAUAAGAAGCUAUACGCUCGAUAUUCCUUCGUACACAGCGCAUUCAAUUGGCUGAAAGUGGUCAGGUGACGCUGUCAUAUUGUCCUUCCAUGAGCCAAGCCUUGGCUAUAACACUUGCUUUGCGCGUCUUAACCGGAGACUGGAAAUUAAUAUUAUUGAAAUCAUUCUGAAGUUCAUUUGAAAGAGAGUUAGGAAAGCAGGCGGGAGGCGGGAGACGUGUGUAUGUGACAGAAGGAAGCAGACCCCAAAGCACAAAGAAAGAAAGUGUGAGAUUAAGAGAGGGGAAAUAAGAUAGGAGGGUGAGUUGAUGAGAGGGCGAUAGGAAAGGUAUGAAUUCGUAUUUCGCGAACCCGUCGCUCUCGUGCCAUUUAUCUGGUGGGCAAGAGGUUUUGCCCAACAUGCCACUGAACACGACCACAUAUGAUUCAGUCAGACAUUUUUCGUCUUAUGGCACCUCAGUGACCCAAAACCGGAUUUAUGCGUCCCCUUUCUAUUCACCUCAAGAUAACGUUGUGUUUGGAUCAAGUCGAGGACCGUACGAGUAUGGAUCUAACGUGUUUCUUCAAGAUAAGGAUGUGCUUCCCAGUUGCAGGCAAACUAGUAUGGGACUCAAUGCGCAGAGCCACGUUGCCCAGGAGUACAACCUGGAACAAGCUCGUGCAGGAACACAGGAACAGAAAGGGAACAACAUUCAGAUUUUCCCGUGGAUGCAGCGCAUGAAUUCGCACAGCGGAGUUGGGUACGGGUCAGACAGAAGAAGAGGUCGCCAGAUUUACUCCAGAUACCAAACCUUGGAACUGGAAAAAGAAUUUCACUUCAAUCGGUAUCUAACCAGACGCAGACGCAUCGAGAUCGCCAACGCUCUGUGUCUAACCGAGCGUCAAAUCAAAAUCUGGUUCCAGAAUAGGCGCAUGAAAUGGAAGAAAGAGACCAAUCUAACUUCUACCGUACCGGGGAGCGAAUCAACGGGUACUCCUCAAGAGACCGAGAAGGAGACCGAGGAGGAAACCGAGGAAGCUAAAAAAAAAGAUUAGGAAAUCCAUUUCUAGUUCUUGAACGCCUGUUAACUGCAACGUAACUACCUAAACUCUGAGAAUUUGCAAAUAUUAAUGCAUGGACUCUAUACUCUGCUAUUCCUUUGACUGCCCCCUCCUCCUCCGACCUGAAUACCAUACACAAGCUCUACAACAACCACCACGCCACUAACAUAUACACACGUUGAAACAAAUGGAGAGAGAAAGACGCACAUGUUAUCCACCAUAAUGUAAUUCACUUCUCUUUGUAUUGAAAAUAGCUCAUUUUUUGCUGCGUGGUAACAAUGCCACGGAUGAACUAUUUGUGUGGUUCUAGUAUUAUCAUGUUGCUAUAGGCUAGUAGAAAUUACAUUAGAUGAAAAUGUAUUCGAAUUUAAAAAGUAGGCUACGUCUCCCCAACUAUUAAGCCUCUAAACAGUACCAUAAGCAUUCCAGAUGUGAAGGAAUCUUCUUAUAUGCACAUUCAGUUUUUUCUUUUUUUUGUGGAUGCAUAUUUGUACAAUGAAACAAGCACUGACGGGUUGAAUUAUACUACCUAAAUCCUUAAUGCAUUUUUUUUCUUUUCUUAAAAUUGCCUUUGCCCUGUCAGUGUUCUGUUGUUCAAAAUGCCGCUGUACUGGCACAUUAACUGUUGAGAGAACAUAAAAAAAUAAAUUUCAUCAUAUUUGUAGUUGUAUGCAUAUAAACUUGUCUUAAAGUGAGAAUCACACCCAUAUGAAAACAAACAUAUACCUUGUUACGCAAUUAUAUUGUUUGUGUAAACUGUGUAUUAUUUAAUAAAAUUCUUGAAAACAACAAAACUGUACUGUUUUAAUUUUGACUCCAUCUUUGCGCUCUUCACGCACCAUAAAGGGUUUCUGAACUGAGUAAAAUAUAUAAGGCUUACACUGUUUCGUUUUGAGUAAGUUUUUAUUUAUGAACUUUUAGGCCCACUUUUUUUUUAUUCAAGUCCACAUUAACAACAAAUAAAAUUCACGGUUACAUCGAAGUAUGGUUUAUUAUUUAAUUGUACUCAUUUAACUACAAUUUAAUUUGUCCAGGCUCCAAUUUUUUGAAUGCACCUAAUUAUUUUUAAUAUACCUAAUGAUUAAUGUAUGUGACGACUUAAGUUUUUAUUUAAUAAAUAAAGAAUUGCUAAUUUCAUGACACAGCGACAAUGCUUGAUUGACAAAACCCGUUCUAACCAAGUUUGCUUUGCAUCUAGUGGCAUAACGCAGAAUUGGUUGUUCUUUGAUAAAAAACAA